GAGUAAGAUGGAAGAAGAUGAGCAACAGCAGCGGCGCAGAAAAGUGGAGGCCGGGAGAGCGAAGCUUGCUCACUUCCGACAGAGAAAAACAAAAGGUGACUGUGCGCAUUCGAAGAAAACGCCGGCGAAGAGGAAGGGCGCGGCUGUCGAUGCGCCUGACCAGGAGGAGAGUCCGGUAGCUGAGGCCGAGGCCAGCGGACUCCUGGGAGGCCGGGACGUUGGCAAGAACACGUCGUGCAGCGACACCCCUGAUGGCGCAGGAGUCCCUCAGCUGCAGGAGCCCGGUGGAGCGGGGACGCCGCAGAAGCUGGAAGGCGACGGUCCGGAGCAGCCUGGGGUAAUGACGAAGGAGCUGGAGCUGGAAGUGCUGCUCCUGAGCUUGAGCGACAUGCACACGGCGCGGCUGGAGCUGACGCAGGCGCACCUGCAGCGCGAGAAGGAGGCGGCGCUGGCCGAGCUGCGUGCCGAGCUCGCCGGGCGGCACGCGCAGGAGCGGGCCCUGCUUCAGAGCCGCGCGUGCCGGGAGCUGGAGCUGGUCCGGGAGGAGGCAGCUGAGCUGAAGGAGAAGCUACAAUCAGAAAUGGAGAAAAAUGCCCAGAUGAUAGAGACCCUGAAGCAAGACUGGGAAUCCGAGAGAGAAUUGUGCUUAGAAAACCUACGCCAAGAAUUAUCGGAAAGGCAUCGGUCAGAACUGGAGAAUUUACAAAACCAGUUUAAGAAAGAAUUGGCAGAAUAGAAGGCUGAGUUGGAGAAGGUUUUUCAAGACAAAAAUCAGGCUGAAUUUUCCCUUCAGACUCAGGAGGCUCAGCACGAGGCGGCCCUGAGCAAGUUACGCGCGGACCUGCAGCUGGAACACUGCCAGUACGUGGAAGACCUGGAGCUGAAAUUCAGAGAAAAGGAAAAGGAAAAGCAGCUUGAGUUGGAGGACCUGCACGCCUCGUACGCAGAGCUGCAGGCCCAGUCACAGGAGGAGAUCCGGCGCCUAGGGGCCCAGCUGGAGUCUGCGAGGUCCAGCGGGCAGGAGCCGAGCGAGUUACCCAAGCAGCUCCUGGCCCGAGCGUCUCACGUGGAGGGGCUGGAACACCUGACGUGGGACUUAGAGCAGCAGCAGCAGCAGCAGCAGGAGAGAACCAGGCACGAGUCUGAACUGGAACAGCUGAGAAUCUCUUCUGAAGAGAAGUUGAGGGAGGCUGAGAGGGGCCACCAGGAGGACCCGACCCUGUUACACCAGCGGCUGCAGGACGGGAAGGACAGCUCCCCGCCGGAGGCUGUGGGAAUCAGUGCCUGUUCAGAAGAGACGUCUGAAGGAGAAGGAAGAGACCGUCUUGAUGAACUUGGCCUUCAGCUGGAGCAGCACAAGGAGACACUGGGGUUGCACACACAGCUAGAAGAAAACCACCAGCACCAACUAGCAGCGGGGAAGUCCUCCCAGGAAGUCCAGCAGGAGGCGGGCCUCGCGGGGACCCAGGUGUUGGAAGGGGAGCAGCAUGCGGGGCCUUCGGAAGAGCCCGGCCAAGAGCUCGCCCAGGUGCCCCUCCUGUGUGCACACAGCACAGCCUUGGAGGUGGCAGCCGGAGACUUGGGUCUGGAAACCAUGCACAAGGCUCAUCUCCUGCUUCUUCUCACGGAGCUCAAGGAAGAAAUCGACCUCUUAAAAGUAGAAAAUAGAAAUUUACACGAGAAAUUGCAGCAUGAAAUCCGCCUAGAAGAGGACUCUGAGCAAGUGAAAUGUACUUCAGUUGAAGCCCACCAGGAAGCACUGAAGAGCGCUAAGGAGAAGUUUGAGCUAAUGAGACGAGAACUCGGCGAGAGAGAGGCUGAGUGGAAAGUCACGAGUGAGGACCCGAGGAGAGGGGACGAAGAGAGGCUGACGCAGCUGCUCCUCGAGCUGCAGGAGCAGGCUGAGUCCGAGAAGCUGUCCAUGAUGCACAGGUUUGAGCUUCGAGAAGCCGAAAUGAGGCAGCUGCAGGACCAGCAGGCGGCCCAGAUCCUGGACCUGGAGGGGUCGCUGAUGGAGCAGCAGGGCCGCCUGAGGCAGCUGGAGCUGGGGCUCUUGGGGGACGAGUCUCUGCAGUGCAGCCAGUGUGGCCGGGAGCUGGGCGGUGGUCUGGCCCCCAUGGACCGGGACCACCUGAAGGAGGACUGUGCCCUCCAGCUGAAGCUGGCCCAGAGCAGGUUUUUAGAAGAACAUCGAGAAAUCACAGAGAAAUUUGCCGCAGAGCAAGACGCCUUCCUGCGGGAGGCCCGGGAGAAGCACGCCCGCGAGCUCCAGCUGCUCCAGGAGAGACACCGGCAGCACGUCCUGUCUUUGACUGCGGAGCUGGAGACCCGGCACCAGGCCGAGGUGGACGCGCUAAGGGCUUCUUUGGAGCGAGAGUGGGGGGCUCUCUCAGAAGCCCUUGUGGGUAAGCUGCAGACAAAACACGCUGCGGAAAUCAGUGCUUUGGAGACCAGACACGCGUCACGCCUGUACGCUUUGGAGUCGCGUUACCUGUCUGAGAUGCAGACCUUGCGGGGCCUGGAGUUGCCGGGCCUGGAGGAGCAGCUGCAGAAAGAGGGUGCUUCUCACCACGUGGUCUUGACUUGGGUGUUAGAGAAGCUGAAGCUGAAACACGAUGAAGAGCCUCAGUCCACAGAGGACGGCCUGAGAGCGGGAGUGAACACAGAGCACGUGGAGGGUGUGAGAGCCUCUCGGCUGCGCAGAGCUCGCCAGGUGAGGCUCCUUGGUGAAGGCUUUGGAUCUCUGAUCCUGGAAAAACGUGCGCCUGUGCCUGCGUACAGCGUUCCCUGUGAGAUUUCAAAGGGUUCAGAGUGCUCCUCAGGACCUCUACCGAUUUCUGUGAGAUUAAACCCUUUGUCCUGUGUCGAGCAGCAACUGUCCCCUUGGCAGGUGCUUUCAGCUGUAGAUGCAUUUAUUUGGGUAGAACGUCAUCACGUAGCGGGAAUUCAGUGUGGGGACGGGCUGCUCUGUGCCCAUUGGGCCAGGUGUGCAUGCCAGGCACUCAGGAAUGAUCCUGUUCUGGCGCCUUCAUACUUUUGUCACGUAUUUAAGAAGUAG